AUGCGACUACAGUGCAAAUGCGACCUGAAUGAGACUGAUGAACAGCAGGAGGCUCAAUACAUCAAUGGUUUUAAGUAUAACAUCCAGGACAGUAUGGGACUACAACCUAUUUGGUAUGUCGAUCAAGCUCCUAACCUAGCCCUAAAGGCGGAAAGGUUGAUGUCUAGACCCACCUAUGAUCCUCUUCGAUCAACAAACGAGACAACCUACUCAGAGGAGUUUAAUGAAGAUGUGGAUAAGUAUGCUGAAGUUGAAGAUAAUUACAGUUGUGAAAACCUUGUGUCAAAGGCCUUAGUCAGUCACUUGAACCUAACCAUAGAACCACAUCCAAGACCAUACCAGAUUGGUUGGAUCAAAAAAGGUCCAACAAUCAAAGUGACAGAUAUUUGUAGGCUUCCUAUCUCCAUUGGGAAGACCUAUAAGGAAGAGGUAAUAUAUGAUGUGUUGGAAAUGGUUACCUGUCAUGUUUUAUUGGGGAGACUAUGGCAACAUGACGUGGAUGCGACUCAUAAGGGAAGGAAGAAUAUGUAUAUUUUCACUUGGGAAGGAGAGAAGAUAGUUGUACUACCCACAGGGAAUAAUGGUCCUUCGGUUUCAAAGUCAGAAGGUAAAGCUCUUUUAACUAUUAUAGAAUCUCACCAUGAGUUAUAUGCAGAUACCAAGGAAACAGGGUUGACAUUUGCCCCAGUUGUGAAGGGGGCAGAGGAGGAACAAACAAAUGAGGUCCAUGAGAAGAAACCAAAAAUGUGCGAUGCAGUCUACAAAACACCCCCACGAUCGGUGGUGGAUUUGGUUGAGCUUCUAGGGAAAAAUGAUGAUAAAGCCAACAAAAUUAUAGAAGACAUGCAGAAGACUCAUGAAGAGGUGAGAGAGAAGAUUUCUCAGUCCAAUGCUAAGUACAAAGAAACUGCUGACAAACAUAGGCGUCCCAAGUUAUUUGAGGUGGGAGAUGAGGUGAUGGUAUACCUUCGCAAAGAGCGCUUCCCUGUGGGCACUUAUAGUAAGCUGAGCCAAGAAAAGAAUGGUCCCUACAAUAUUUUAUGGAAGAUUAAUGAUAACGCCUACAUCGUCGAUCUUCCAAAUUCAGUGUCCACCUCUAAAACUUUCAACGUCUCUGAUAUUUACAAGUACUACUCACAAGAGGAGUCUAUGUAUUUUGAGAACUUGAGGCCGAGUUCCUCUCAAUCGAGGGGGAAUGAUGCGGAGCACAUAGAUGAUCUGGUAGAAGCGUUUAUGGUCAAGUGGGAGAAAGACAAAAGGGGCCAAAAGAAGCUAAACUUAAAACAGGCAUAA